AUGUCUGAACGCCCAAGCGCACCUGUUAAGCUUUCGUUGCCAUUGAAAUAUCAACAAGGCCUUUUCAACGAGCUCCGCAAUGAAGAUGAGCUCGUCAUUCUUGCCCGAGGUCUCGGGCUUCUGCGCAUCGUGACAAACCUACUCCACGCGUUUGACGCGGCAGGCAAUAAUUUGAUAAUCAUCGUUGGAGCUGACGAUCGAGAGAAUGAGUGGAUUGGUGAAGCGCUUGCGGAGCACUAUGCUAUUAGCAAGUCCCCUAAGGCCCGGGGACUGAAAGUUAUCAAUACAGAUAGGGCUACUGUUCCUAUGAGAGUUGUGGCAACGGCUUUAGAGGCGUUUAUUGUUAGAAUAUAUCGUCAAUUUAAUCGAACUGGCUUCUUGAAAGCUUUUUCGGACAGCCCUGAACCCUUCACCACUGGCUUUGCCCCUCUAUCAAACAUGAUGCGGAAUCUUUUCCUGCGCAAACCAUCCUUAUGGCCCCGCUUUCAUGUUACUGUUGCGGAGUCUCUCGAGGGCCGUCGGAAAGCUGAAGUCAUCGAACUCGAAGUCCCUAUGACUGAUAAAAUGAGGGAAAUUCAAAACGCGAUUAUGGAAUGCGUCGAGACAAGCAUUUCCGAGCUUAAGAAGGCCAAUAGUGGCCUUGAUAUGGAAGAUUGGACAUUGGAUAGCGCCUUGCACAAGAAUUUUGACGUAGCGAUACGCCGUCAGUUGGAUCCGAUCUGGCAUCGUGUCAGUUUCAGAACGCGACAAAUUGCCAGUGACCUGACAGUCUUGAGGGCUAUAUUGCACUCCCUCCUGACAUAUGAUGCGGUGUCCCUAUUGAAAUAUUUAGACACGGUUGUCGCGGCCCACUCAGCUCCCCCGGGAUCAACAAAACACAACUUCUCUCCUUGGCUCUUUUUGGAUGCUGCGCAUGUCCUUUUCGAAUCUGCAAAAUCUCGGGUGUAUCGAGGUAAAAUUUCAGGUAAUGAUUCGUCAACACUUUCGUCGUCAUUUUCAGCUGCCCUGCAACCCGUCCUUGAGGAGCAACCCAAGUGGCAUGUUCUUGCAGAGAUCCUGCAAGAGAUAGAGCAAGACGCAUAUCUGAACCCGGCACAGCAUGGCGACUCUAACAGCACCAUAUUGAUUAUGUGCGGUGACCAACGCACUUGCAAACAACUUCGAGAUUACUUAGCAUUGAUGCAUAAUACUUUUGUCACCGACACCGAUGAAGAUGAAGAAAGUUCAUCGGAAGAUGGCGGAUCAGCUGAAAUUUUGAUGCGAAGGAAACUGAGAGAAUACUUGAAUUGGAAACGAAACUUCUCUCGCGUCAGAGACAAUCUCUAUACUCCGAAACAAAGCUCAAGUGAUACAUCAAACAGAGGACAAAGCCAAAACGCUACUACCGCGCCAGGUAGAGCUCCUCCGAAUAAAAGACGCCGUGUACGUGGUGGAGGUACGAGUUCUGCAGCUGCCGGUCGUGCCCCAAAUACUAGUGUAGAUGUCGGUAAUGAAGCCCCUAUUCAAGUGUCUGAACUGCUGGAGGAUCUGCAACCAAAUGUUGUCGAAGAGGCGCUGAAGGAAGAUAAUAUAAUUGAUGAUCUGGAGGGUAUGGAGGACUACUAUGAGCUAUACGACAUGAAUGAUCUCGUUAUGAUUCAUCCUUAUGACGGAGACAUGGACGAACGAAUCUUGGAAGAAGCUCGACCACGAUACAUAAUUAUGUAUGAACCAGAUGCUGCUUUCAUACGCCGAGUAGAAGUGUACCGAAGCUCUCAUAGCGAUCGCAAUGUGCGGGUAUAUUUCAUGUACUACGGGGGAUCAGUUGAGGAACAGCGCUACCUAAGCGCAGUACGACGGGAGAAAGAUGCAUUUACAAAGCUCAUCACAGAGAAGGGUGGCAUGGCCGUAACUCUUACACAUGACAAAAAUCUUGAAGAUCCUCAAGAACAAUUUUUGAGAACUGUCAACACACGAAUCGCUGGUGGUGGACGAUUAGCUGCGACUUCAGCACCGCCUACUGUUGUGGUUGAUGUUCGCGAGUUUCGAAGCGCAUUGCCAUCUCUACUACAUGGCCGUAGCAUGGUGGUUGUCCCUUGUCAAUUGACAGUCGGAGACUACGUUUUGACGCCUGAUAUAUGUGUUGAGCGUAAGUCAGUACGUGACUUGAUCAGUUCUUUGAGAAACGGGCGUCUCUACAACCAAGCCGAGACGAUGCUGAAAUAUUAUAAAAAUCCACUACUUCUAAUUGAAUUUGACCAAAAUAAGUCAUUCACAUUUGACGCUUUUGCUUCGGCUUCGCUGCCUAGCACGGGUUUCCUCUCCGACUAUGUAUUCACCUCAUCUGGCAAUCCUGCAUCGGCAGCGAGCAGUUCUUUGGCGAACCCUUCAACUCCUAAAUCCGCACAACAUAUGCUUGUCCUCCUAACACUUGCGUUUCCGCGACUGAAAAUCAUAUGGUCUUCCUCACCAUAUCAAACAGCCGAGAUAUUCGCAGAAUUGAAAAAGAAUAAUCCCGAACCUGAUCCAAUCAGAGCAGUACAGAUUGGUCUGGAUGUCGAUAUCGCUGCAUCUUCGAAUCCGGGAGAUGUCAUGGCUGCCGCUGGUAUAGAACAUCGAAGUUUUCACCAGCUUCCCCAGGACAUGCUUCGUUCUGUGCCUGGCGUUACACCAGUAGUCCUGGAAAGACUAAGCGUAGAGACAAAUAAUAUCCACGAAGUCGCAAACAUGGGCGUGGAAGAACUCAACCCACUGGUUGGUAGAGAGACUGCGCGGAAGAUCGUUGGAUUUUUUAGAAAAAGCGUCUUUGAAAACGAACCGAAGAGCUCUUAA